AAGAUGUUGACCAGAAAUAUUAAACUCUGGGACAUAAAUGCCCACAUCACCUGCUGUCUGUGCAGUGGGUAUCUCAUCGAUGCAACCACAGUGAGGGAGUGUCUGCACACGUUCUGUCGGAGCUGCCUAGUCAAGUACCUGGAAGAGAACAACACCUGCCCCACCUGCAGGAUCGUUAUCCACCAGAGCCACCCACUGCAGUACAUAGGUCAUGACUGGACCAUACAAGGCAUUGUUUACAAGCUGGUUCCAGGCCUACAGGAGGCAGAAAUGAGAAAACAGAGGAGAUUCUACCACAAAUUGGGCAUGGAGGUGCCUGGAGACAUCAAGGGGGAAAGUGGUUCUGCUAGGCAGCACUUGGAUCCCCAUGGAAACGAUGAAACCAAAGCAGAUGAGAGUUCCAACAAGGAGCUGGCAGAGGAGAAGCAGGAGGAGGAUAGCGACUACCACUGGAGCGACGAGCAGGUGAGCAUCUGCCUGGAGUGCAACAGCAGCAAGGUGCGGGGCCUGAAGCACAAGUGGAUCUGCUGCUCCACCCAAGCCACCAUGCUGCACCUGAAGAAGUUCAUCGCCAAGAAGCUCAACCUCUCCUCCUUCAACGAACUGGACAUUUUAUGCAACGAGGAAAUUCUGGGCAAGGACCACACACUCAAGUUUGUGGUUGUCAUGAGAUGGAGAUUCAAGAAGAUGCUUCUCCUGCUGCACUACAGACCCAAGAUGGACCUGCUGUGA